AUGCCAUCAGAAGCUAAUAGAAUUUUAACAUUCCAGUAUGGACGUCAACACAUCGAAGUGGCCAAGAAGCUGCAGAGGAACGACAGUUCUGAUGAAGAUGAAGAACCGCCGACGCCUGAUAAGCCGCCUUCAGCAAUCAUCAAAGAGAACGGUGUUAAUGGUUGUACAAAGAUGAGUGUGAUAGAACGACAGGAGAUACUUGGUCCGUCGCCGGAACUCAAUUACAAGAGAAGUCAGAGCCAGGAACGGCUGCAAAAUGGACAUACAAACGAACUAAAUAGACCAGAGAAUAGCUUAGAAGUACAUCUCUCUCACUGUCUGGAUUUAGUGAAAGCUGGUAUGGAGUCAAUUAUAGAAGACCAGGUUACGUCGGUCUUCGAGGCUGAAGAGUUGAGGAGUUGGAACUUGCUUACUAGGACAAAUAGACAAUACGAGUUCCUAACGUGGCGCCUGACAAUUAUAUGGGUGAUGGGGUUCGUUGUUCGAUACUUCUUUCUACUACCACUCAGAAUUCUCGUCUUCUUCAUUGGUGGGAAAUUUCGCCGACUCCUCGGUGAAAUUAUAUACAAAACGGCGAACAGGAUUUUAGUGAGAGGCGUAUCGUGUCUCGUGAAUUUCCACGACACACAGCACAUGCCGAAGCCGAAUAGUUUCUGUGUUGCCAACCACACGAGUCCGAUUGAUGCUAAUGUUCUCAGUUCCAACACCUGUUUCUCUCUGGUUUGGUGGCUGAUCAUCAGUACGGCGUUAAUAGGCACACUGCCGGACGGCGCGUUCAAACAACGCGUCAACAACACGAUGUCACUCAUGUGCUUCAACUUUCUGUCGCGGUGUAUCAGUGCGGUCAUAACCUACCAUAAUGGAGAUAAAUAUAAGCCGAGGAGCGGGAUUUGCGUUGCGAAUCAUACAAGUCCUAUUGAUGUGCUGGUGCUGAUGUGUGACAGUUCCUAUUCGUUGAUUGGACAGAGUCACGGUGGUUUCCUUGGUCUAUUGCAACGUGCGCUCGCUAGGGCUUCGCCCCACAUCUGGUUUGAACGCUCUGAGGUUAAGGAUCGCAACGCUGUCGCCACACGAUUAAAAGAGCACAUCUCAGUACCGGAUAAUCCACCGAUUCUUAUAUUCCCCGAGGGCACAUGUAUUAAUAAUACCUCAGUUAUGCAGUUCAAGAAAGGCAGCUUUGAAGUCGGAGGCACCAUUUAUCCCGUAGCCAUCAAAUAUGAUCCACGUUUCGGUGACGCAUUCUGGAAUAGUUCGAGAUAUGGAAUGCUGCAUUAUCUACUGAACAUGAUGAGUUCCUGGGCUAUUGUUUGCGAUGUAUGGUAUUUGCCGGCCAUGACGAGAAGGGAUGAUGAAAGUGCGGUGGAUUUCGCCAAUCGGGUCAAAGCGGCCAUUGCGAGGCGUGGCGGAUUAGUUGAUCUUCAAUGGGACGGUCAACUGAAACGAAUGAAGGCGAAAAAAGAGUGGAGAGAACUACAGCAAGAGGAGUUUAGUAAGAGAUUAAAAGGGGAGUAG